UUACACUUAAUCCGUUCAGAGGUUUUUAUAGCCGCACUAAAGUUUUUUUACCACCGGUUUAUCUAUUUUUUGGGUGCUUUUUAAACUGUUUGGAAGAUAUUUUUAUUGAAAAAAAAAAGUAUAAAAAAAAAAAAAAAACAAAAAAAAAUUGUGUUAUAUAAUUUAAAUAUUAAAAUUUUAUUUUGUUUCUAAAACAAGAAAAAAAAGAAGGAAAAGAAAUGAGGAGAGGAAAAAAAGAAUUUUUUUAAGCAAAACACAAAAUGCAAAGAAAAAUUUUUUUUGAAUUAUUUUUAUCACUAAAUUCAAAAGUAUUAAAAAAAUUAUUAGUGCGCUAAAAAAAAUUUAAAUUAACAAUUAAUUAACAAAAUAAUCAAAAAAAAAUCAUAUAAAAUAAAUAAAUUUAAACAUUACAAAAAUAUGGCUACAAAAAUAUGAAGAAUAAAUUAAAAAAAAAAUAAAAAUGCAAUUUGCUGUAAAUAAAGAAGAAAAUUAAAAAUCAACAAUAGCAUUAGAAAAAUUUUCUGGAAAACUUGCAAAAAAUUAUGUUAAUGAAAAUCUGAAAAAAAAGAAGAAAAGAACACGAACUCUAUUAUAAAUGUGCAACAUGAUAUUUGAUAAAUGUGAUAACUAAAUCAUCAGUCGAAUGAAAAUCGGAAAAUUCUAACACCUUUACAUACCACACCAAAUUAAAAAACAUUCUAUAAACAUAAUUAUAUUUUAUAUUUUAAAAUUAUUGUCGUCAUGCCAUUUUAAAAUUUUAUUUCUUAAAAUUUAUUUUUUGUAUUUAAUUAAUUAAUUACAAAUGUAAUUGAAAUAUAUAUAUGUAAGAGAAGAAAAAUAAGUACUUACACAGUAAAUAAAUAAUUUGUGAAAAGGAAACAGGAAAAUAUUAAAUUAAGAAAAAUAUGCAAUAAAAACGGAAAUUUCUUUAAAAAUAUUAUUCAACAACUAUACACAUAUGACACGGUAAAUUCAACAUGUCAUAUGACAAAUACAUUCUUGUUAAAAUGGCCCUUUAAGAAAGAGCUACUAAUGGACUUUUUUGAAACAUAAUCGAUUGGAUCUUAUUUACAAAAACAAAUAUUAUGGAACAACAUGUGUGUUGGUUACGACAACAAUAUGUAGAAAAGAAUUCAAUUACUUUAAAAAAGGAAAACUAUUUACGGCAAACUGAAAAAAUGUAAACUCUAAAAGGAAUAAGCAAGUAAAAUAACUAGAAAUUCGUCAAUGUAAAACUUUGACGAAAUUUAAAAAUUCCGCAAAAUUUUGUAUAUUCAAAUUUAGAAAACUUUUAAAAAACCCAAAAAAAUCGCAACUCUAUUAUAAAUUUAAAUUGAAGGAAAAAGAAAAAAAAAUAUGGCAAUUAAUUUUUCUGCAUCAUUUGCCGCGUGUUUGGCGGCAGGCUUAAAAGUUCCCCGACAAAUUAUGUACUGUAUAUCACAAGAUACAGGGGCCCCGUAUGUCUUAUAUAAAGAUUCCCAAGAAGCUGCUGAAAGAAAUGCAGCAGCAUUAGGCGGAACACAAUGGGGUGCCGAUGUUUACCCGGCCACAAUACAACAAACAUCACAAACACACUUAGCGCAAAAUGCACAACAUAAUGCAACAAGUCAAAUAGCAGCUGCAGCAGCAGCGGCUGUCGCCGCACAACAUCAACAACAACAACAAACACAACAGCAACAACAACCCCAUAGUCCGAAUGACACAGAUCGUAAUCGGGAUGGCCAACACCAACAGAGUGGACCAUCCCCGUCAACCAGUCCAUAUCCCUCGCAAAGACAGAAUGGAACAGUACAAGAAAACGAUGUUAGAAUUAAUCAAGUAAACGGCUUACAACAAAAUGUACAAACAAAUCAAAAUGCCCAACAACAAAAUCAAAAUCCUAGCGAACAACAAAGAACAAUUGAAAUGACACAACAUAAUAGUGACCAAAAUCAACAACAACAGCAACAGCAGCAACAACAGCUUCAAAAUGGCAAUCCGCAACAAAAUAAUGAUGGUACAUUUAGCGCACCACAACAAACUGAAAUAAAUUAUUACGCUCAAAGGCAUCCAAGCGGCCCACAAAGUACAAUGCUAGCACCACCAGGUUUCCCACCGCUACAUUAUUUGAAUAAACCUGUAUUACCUGGAAUGAGCGGAUCUAUUGAUCAAAAUGGCAGUCUUGAAACUUAUGCAAUGCCUGAUUUAUUACCAGCUAGUGGUCACAAUAUGCAUCAAAAUAAUACAACACCAUCACCAUCAACACACAAAACGAAACCUCAUUCAGAUUUGCGUUUAUUUAAAUGUUUAAGCUGUGGUAAAGACUUUAAACAAAAGAGCACCCUUUUACAACAUGAGAGAAUACAUACCGAUGCAAGGCCGUAUCCAUGUCCAGAAUGUGGGAAAAGAUUUCGCCAACAGUCUCAUCUAACGCAGCACAUAAGGAUUCAUGCAAAUGAAAAACCAUUUUCAUGUGCGUAUUGUCCACGAAGUUUUCGGCAGAGAGCAAUACUAAAUCAGCACGUUCGCAUACAUUCGGGUGAGAAGCCCUACUCAUGCCCAGAAUGCGGCAAACAUUUUCGCCAGAAGGCCAUCCUCAAUCAGCAUGUGCGAACCCACCAAGAUGUUUCACCUCAUCUCAUUUUUAAAAAUGGACCACAUCCAACUUUAUGGCCAGCGGAUGUACCAUUUCCAGGUGAAGAAGGUGAUACAAAGAAUGAAAUUGGUUAUAAUGAAGAUGGUUCACAAAGUACUCCAGAAUCAAGUGGUAUGUUUUUCACUGCCUACUAUAAAGAUAGUAAAGGUAAUCCAAAGAUGCUGCCUGAUGUACUACGUGGUCAUCACAAUAAUCAACAUGGGAUGCCAUUAUAUGUACGAUGUCCGAUUUGUGAAAAAGAAUUCAAACAGAAAAGUACCCUUCUGCAACAUGGUUGCAUUCACAUUGAAUCAAGACCAUAUCCAUGUCCUGAGUGUGGUAAACGUUUCAGACAACAAUCUCAUUUAACCCAACAUUUACGUAUACAUACAAAUGAAAAACCCUUUGCAUGUUUGUAUUGUCCACGGUUCUUCCGUCAAAGGACAAUAUUAAAUCAGCACGUUCGAAUUCAUACUGGGGAGAAACCAUAUAAAUGCGCUCAAUGUGGUAAAGAUUUUAGACAAAAAGCUAUUCUCGAUCAGCAUACAAGAACUCACCAGGUAGGAGAUCGUCCAUUCUGUUGCCCAAUGCCAAACUGUAGGCGACGUUUCGCUACUGAACAGGAAGUCAAAAAGCAUAUAGACAACCAUAUGAAUCCACAUUCAUCGAAAUCGCGUCGUCAUGCAAAUAAUUUAUCAAAUACUGAAACGAAACAUAACCCAGCUGUUGCAACAGCAGCAGCUGCUGCACAAUUUUUAACAACAAUGGAAAAUAAAACAAAUUUAAUACCAAGAAUGGGUCCAGUUGUUAAACAUGAAUUAUAUUUCCCACAAUGCUAUGGGCCGCCAUUUAAUCAAGCUUUUGGACAACAACAGCAACAACACCAACCACAACCUUCAGCAGCGCAUGCAGGCAAUCAAUCAUCAUUAGCUAAUGGAACAGCGUCUAGUGGAGGAAACAAUUCCGUUGUAACUGUAGCACAAGCAGCUGGUGGACAACCAAAUACAGUUACAGUUGUAGCGCAGUGACAUCCUCCAAAUCAUCAGACUACAUCAUCAUCAACAACAAUACAACAAACAACAUCUCAAUCACAACAUCAACAUAAUCAUCACCAUAAUCAACAUCAUCAUCAUAGUCAACACCAUCAACAAGUUGGUGGUCAAAAUUCAACAACAGCGGUAUCAUCAACUGCUCCACCAGCAGCAAUGCCAAUAGUAACAGUAGCGACACCUGCUCUUCAAACAGCUAGUGGGGCUUUAGCUGCCACAGUUAUUGCGCCAUUAUCAUUAACAACAGGAACACUUCCACCACCAGGACCUCCGCCCGUAAUACAAUCAUCUCAUAGUCAUACACUAGCAACAGCAGCAUCGGUUUUACAACCCACAACAUUACAUACUCAUACAAUAUUCGGAUCUCUAUGAUAAAUUUAAUCAAAUUUAUUAAGUUUUAAGAUUUAAAAAACAAAAACAAAAACUUCAAAUAACAAAAGAAAUUAACUAAAAUUUUAAAAAACACUGGUAUAUAAGUGUCAUACAAAAAACAAAAAUAAUCUCGCCAAUUAAAUUAAUUGAAUUUCACAUAAAAGUUUGAAAACUCUUAUUUCUAAAUUUUUAUUUUCAAAUUUAAUUGUUUAAAAAAUUAUAUUUAUU